CCACGGCACGAUCACAGAGACGCAGCAGGUUCCAGAGGAGCCACAGUAGUCUCAUCCACGGAGAGUCGCGCACAGACGCGUAUUCGGAGUUUCUCCACAGGAGGACGGAGCGGCUCGUUUUUUUUUUUUUAUCAUUACAUGCGCAGUCCUGUCCUGAAUCACUCAUCACCACGGCAACCUGCGUUCACAUCCAGUCUCCGGUUAGCAUCCGUCCCUGAGACCCGCUCCCGGACAAGGAGACAGGAGAUCCUCGCAAAGACAGAUCCUUGAGCAGCACUUUUACAUUUGGAUGCAAAACACACAAUCUGAGUCAACCUGACCUGAGCUGUCCAUCCCUGUUGGUUAGAUCUGUUCGGGCCAUUUAAGGCAGCUGAGCAGCCAUGGUAAAGCUGGGCAGUAAUCUAUCUGAUAAGCUGGACAAGCAGCAAUCUGCAGAUGAUGGCUUUGAUAACAUCCCCCUCAUCACACCCCUGGAGGUCAGCCAGCUCCAGCAGCCACUGGCAGACAAGGUCAUUGUGAAGACAAAAACACAGUUUCAACUGAAGCAGGAGCAAAGGAGCUGGUUCUAUGUUCCCAACAUUAAGAAGCUGAAUAUCAACUUCUACAAUGAUGUCUCGGAUAAAAUUAAGAUCACAGGUUUGAUCCUCAUCACGCUGGCAUUUUUGACAAGCCUGCUCCUUCUGCUUAUGUACAAAGCCAUGUGGUAUGACCAGCUUACCUGCCCAGAGGGUUUUGUCCUGAAGCAGAAGCACUGCACCCCUGCAGCUCUGGAGAUGUACUACACCGAGCAGCAGCAGCAGGAGGAGGAUCCAGGAGCCCAGAGGAUCACCAAUACAGGGCUGUACGCAGCCCUCAGCCACCUCAACCAGGUCAAGAGGACUGGACCCGGAUUGAUGUCACAGUGGUUACCAGUAAUCAGGCAGGGGGACGAGGAGGCCAAAGAAAGCAGCGAGCCUCUAAAAGAAGAGCUGGAGGGAGAGGAGUGAAGAAUAAAAUGGAAAAUAUAGUUUGAAACAACAGAAAAUGAUGGUGUGAAUGCGUAUAUGUGUGUGCAUUUAUAUAUACUUGUUUUUACAGGUUUUGGGGACCCUAACCUAACAGAAAAUCAGCUUAUAGGGUUCUGUUUUACCAGUGAAGAUCAAGUAGAGACCCACAUCUCUAAAGCUAGAUAGACUAUUUAAAAUCUGCAACAUAGGAUCAUGCGUGCCAAAUUGUGUUUAGAGACAGCAAUGUGGCUUACUUUUAGAACGAGACUAAAUCAUAAUUUUAAAAAAAAGUGCCACUGCGUCCUAGAUUUGCAAUACCCCAAACUCUGUAAAGACAUAUAGGUAGAUAUGUAGUGUGUGCAUAUUUGCAUUCAUGAUUUCAUGUGUACAUCCCACGUGCACUUAUGUGAGAAUGUUGAAGGUGAAAGAAAAGAGGCGGCGUGAGAACUUGCAGUGAGAAGUUGAAUUAACACAUUUUUAAUGAGAUUGAUGCAAGUUUUGAGCCUUGCUAUCUUGGUAUUUCUUCAUUGGUCUUUGAGCAGAAUGCUUAAAAUAAUAAAUUAAUGUGCUCCAAGUUUUACUGUUUAGAUAUUUUAAUUUCAUUCAUGUCAGAUAACUUUAAAUCCUGUAAUCUUCUGGGUGUAAAUUGCAGUUUUGUACCGUUUAAGGAAAGUUUUAAGGAAUUGCCCUGUGUUUCUUUUGCAAACUAGAUAAUUCCAUUUAUUAAAAGGUAAUUAUAGGAAAAAUAAAGUGAAGCAUUUUUUGAUCAGUAAUGCACCUAUAAAGGCAUCAAAUAAAGAAGACCUGAGAAGCCAGAAGUCAGAGCCAUAGAAGUAACUAAAUUUGGCCGAUUCUGUGCUACAUAAUAAUGAACUUCUUACUGUAUUGUGAAUGUAGCUAUUUAUGUAUUACUGAAGACAAAAUUUACAUCAAUAUAAUACUGUAACUUCAUGUCAGUUGGCUAAAUGCAGUUACGUGUCGUCUUUGUUGUUGUUCCUGUUGGUAUUUAUAUUUUUAAAUAUUUUCUGUUUUUCUAAGAAAAGUAAUUUUUGUCAUAGAUGCAUAGAAUAAAACCCACAGUGCUAUGUCAUAUAAAUGUGUAAAGUAGUUGCUUUCAGCUUAUAAAUUGAUGUUAUUCAUAAUCAUAAUGUUUGUACAGAAAGUGUCUGUAAUGAUUCAUCACACAUUAACAUUCUCUCUAAAAAAUGUUUUGUUUUGUAAGUAAAUUGUUUACAGGAACAUAACGAUUGUAUAAAUGACAUCAUUCAAAGCCAGCCUAAAUAUUGUUUUUAAAGUUAUAGAAAGUACUUACAUGACAGAAUGUGUUAUUUGCCUUAUCGUAUUGUUAGGUAUUAAUUCGUUCUUUUGUAUUUUAGAAUAAAACUCUUCAAGUGAUCUGGACAAAUCAGCUCCACAGUGUUCAGGAGCCAAACACUUCAGGCUACUUUGAUUUAACGUACAGAACAGAAAUAAAGUAUCACAUUUACUUGUUCCCAGGGAAUUCUACUUCAUCCCUCCCUCUCUCCCUCAUCCAUCCAUCUAUCCAUCCAUCCAUCAUGUACAUGUAUUGAGCAGGACUUUGCAGUGUGCUACCUAGUUUUAUUGGUGCCUGUGGUCUCAGCUUUAUUGAGAUUGUUAACAAGCUGAUUUUGUGUAAUCCAGGCCUGAUCUCUCAACUUUCUCAAAAUUACCCUGGCCAAAUAAAACAAGAUCUUGGAUGGAGAGCCAGAGCAAUUUUCAUAUUACUGCACUAACAGUGUUCUCUUUCUCACCAAGCUUGCUUAUGGUCUGGUAGCUCUCUCUGGCCUUGUGUAGGUCUACAUUUGUGCCCUCUGAUAGUUAUUUGCUCUUGCCCAUUGUGGUGGAGAGGUUUGAAUAGAAGACACUGAUUUUCUGACAAUAUUUUAAAGGGACAUGACAAAUUUAUGCACCUUAUGGGAACAUUAUUGGCCUAUGUGGGUCAAAAUUUGUGUUGGUUGGUAGGGAAUCAUUUGACUCAAAGGCAAAUCAGUUCAUAACCUUAAUAUAAAGUUCUUUUUUUUCAUUGUCAGAGGGUAUAAUUACAUGUUAAUGCACUGAUACACAGGUCAGUAUGAACUUGAGAUAAGUGACACAUCGACAUGUACCAUGAGAACUGGAACCAGACCUUCUGAUUGCAGGACGACUCCCAUGUUAAAUGUAAUGCAUUGUUGUGGAAUUAUGUUAUGGAACAUGGUGUAAAAAUUUCAACCAGAUGAACAGAAAGCAAUAAAAGAGCUAAAAAAGA